ACGCCAUAAAAGCGGAAGUGUAUUAUCCGAAUGGAACCGUGAGGAUCCGCCAUCAGCAGCCGGAGACCUGAAAACAACGGGAUUAAAUUAUAAACCCGGCUUUAAUUCGCUUCUGUCAUACUUUAUAUGCCGCCCGGAGCGUUUAUAGACGGAGUGUUAAGGAUUCCGUCGCGUCUUUACUGAGGUUUUGUGCUUGUAUUGAGUUUUGUGAGGGUAAAUCAUGGAGGUUUUGUGGAGCUCAGUGACGGAGGUGUCCUUAAGGAACAGCCCACAGCAGCUGAAACAGGAGGAAGGGCAGCAGGUUGGGAGCUGCUUUCAUUCAGGGGGAAAAAAGAUGAUUGUCUCAUGUGGAACAUUUCAUUUGUUCAAGUUUUCAUCAUCACAUGGUUUAUUUAACAGCAUGAUUUUACCUUCUGUUUAUUUCCACCUUCAUUUCUUCUUAGAUAUUGUGUGUGUGUGUGUGUGUGUCUGUCUGUCUGUUUGUCUGUCUGUCUUUGUGUGUAUAAUUACACACCAUCGGUGUUGUACAUAAAGUACACAUUUGGUAUGAACGUGUUGAGUUGGAACAGUUAUCCCAUCAUUCAGGAUCAGAAUCAGGUUUAUUUUCCAAGUGUGUUUACACACACAAGGCAUUUGGUUCCAGCUGUUUGUGACUCUCAAAAGUACAGCCAUAAAUAACACUAUAUACUAUACAAGACAAUACAGACAUAAAUAACACUAUACUAUACAAUAGACAUAAAUAACACUAUACAAUACAGACAUAAAUAACACUAUACUAUACAAUACAGACAUAAAUAACACUAUACUAUACAAUACAGACAUAAAUAACACUAUACAAUACAGACAUAAAUAACACUAUACUAUACAAUACAGACAUAAAUAACACUAUACUAUACAAUACACACAUAAAUAACACUAUACUAUACAAUACAGACAUAAAUAACACUAUACAAGACAAUACAGAUGUGAUACAGACAUGAGUAUUAAAUAUAAAUACAGAAUAUAUGACAGAUCAGUUAUGUACAUAAAGUGUGAAGUGCAAAUAACACUAUUGUGUAAUAUGGUGCUUUUUGUACAAUAUACAGCAGCAGUAGUGUGUGUAACGUACACAGAUGAUGUGAUGACUGACAGUUCUGAUAACGCAGUACUUAUAGAUAUGCAUUACUUAUAUUAUCCCAUCAUUCCCACAACCCUCACUUGUGAUGACAUGGAGUCUCUCACACUGAUGUCUUACUAUAGAAGCUACAAUGCAGGAAUUUCUACAAGCCUGUCGUUUGGAGCCGCACAACUCGUGAUUAGUGAAACGACGUCCUGGAGACCAGCAGACGUACUGUACGGACUGUGCAGUGGGUAUGAAAAUUCUACACACCCCUGUUAAAAAUGCAGGUUUUUUGUGAUCUGUAUUACUUUUAUUGUAAAAUCGUGUAGAUUACACAAUAAAUCGUAUAGAUUUAAAAGGGAAAAAAAUAAUAAUUUUAGGGGGAAAAAUAAAAAUUUACGCAGUCGUCCAAAAUGUAAACUUAACAGCAUUCAGUGUUUUUGGGUACAAGUUUUUUCUUGAAAAAACAUACCAACUUCAUCAAAUUAGCUGGACAUCUCCUGUGCAAAGCUUAUCGUCAGGCAUCCCACAGAUUUUGAUUGGAUUUAGAUCUGGACUCUGUUUGAUGAAGCCAUUCCUUUGAUUUGGAGGUUUGCUUGGAGUCGUCAUCUUCAUACUGUAAGGUAAAAUUCCUCUUCAUUAAACGUCUCCUUAGGCUUUAAAUUGGAAUUGACUGGUAUUGAGGUUUAAUUAUUUUCUCCACCUUGAUUAAAGCCCCAGUUCCAGCAAAAGAAAAGCAGCUCAACAAUGCUACCAUCACUAUUCUUUACUGUGGUCUAAUCAGACUUCAACACCUUAUUCCACAUAGGUUUUGUGCAUUAUUAUUAUUAUUAUUAUUAUUAUUAUUAUUAUAGGCUUUUUACAUUCUCAUGAUUUUUCUGGACUCAAAUUACGAGACGCGUCACUGUCGGGUCAUAUCCACUUGUUAUUCAGUUUCCCAUGGUGUCCAAAGUUUUGGACAUUUUUGUAACCCUCUCCUGAUAUUUUCCACAGUGAGGUCCUGUAGCUGCUUUGUAAGCUUAUGGUUUUUUCCAUCUGGAUGAUACCACUAAAGCCACUUCAAGCUGAAGAAAAGCAGCCUUAAUGCAUGAUGCUGCCAGUUCCAUUCUUUACUGUGGGAUUCUGUCCUUUUAUUGGUGUGAUGCGUUUUUAUGGACAAAAAGUCUAACCUUGGUUUCAUCAGACCAUAACACAUUAUUCCACAUGGUUUUGGGAGAUUGGAUUUACUUAUUUGCAAACUCUAGCCAGGAAUUUCAGGACUUUUUUCUGCCUACGAUGCAGCCCAUGUCCACGUUGAUGCAACACCUUGAAGACAGUUCUGGAGAGACACACAAACUCCAGGAAGAUGUGAACAGUUUGAUACUUGACAUUAAAACAGAACCAGAUCUAUUGGAUAUCGAAUCAUUUGUAUACAAUGAUGAGCGAGAAGAUUUACUGACCUCUAAAGACGGAUGGGAGUGCGACUCUGAACAGGGGGACGAGUUCACCAUCGAGCAGUGCGACGACGGACGCGGUACGUUAACUAUUAUUAAAAAGGAGCCUCUGGAAGAAGACUUGCUUUUGUGUGGUGAGCUUCCACCAAACUGUAAACCUGAAUCAAUAGAAAUUUCUAAUAGUGAAGAAGAAGAAGAAGAAUGUGACAUAUCGUUGGAGGGAAGUGUGGAGGUCAACAUGACAGGCGAGUGCUCCUACCUGCCCUCUGCUAAAGUCUUUAAGUCAUGCUCUGAAUGUGGAAAGGUGUUUUCUACCUCAUCCUCCUAUAACAGGCACAUGAGGAUACACAGGGGUGAACGGCCUUUCCAGUGCUUUCAGUGCAGUAAGACGUUCACCCAAUUCUCUUCAUUUAAAAUACAUCAGAGGAUACACACCGGAGAAAAGCCUUAUCACUGCUCCGAAUGUGGAAAAACUUUCAGCCGCUUAGACGCCCUUCACCUCCAUCAGAGAACUCAUACCGGAGAAAAGCCGUACCAGUGCGCUCACUGUCCCAAAACCUUCACUCGCCUACAUGUGCUUCAGAACCAUCAGAGGACGCAUACUGGCAUAAAGCCAUAUCAGUGCUCACACUGCGCUAAAACCUUUACACGCUUGUGCAGCUUUAAAAUACACACCAGAAGGCACACCGGAGAGAAACCUUACCUGUGUGGAACCUGCGGGAAACAGUUUGCGGACGCCUCAAACCUGAAGAACCACCAGAGGGUCCACACGAAAGAGCGGCCAUAUCAGUGCGCGCUGUGCAACAAGACCUUCAUUCAGCUGGGUCACCUGACAAGUCAUCGGAGAAAAACCCACAUUAUAGAGACAGUAACGGUCCUCUGACUGGGGGAAGACUUGCACCUUGUUAUCUGUAUGUCUUUACAGUAAGAAACACUUUCUUUACUAGGAGGUGAAAUGACUUACCUACACUUAUCAAUGCACUACAUACAUACGGCAUGAAUUAAUGACUGUUCAGUAGAUUAUAUGUGGUUAUAUACAUAUGCUUUAAUAUUCCUAUGGUAUUAUUUUUUUCUCUGCAGUUACUUUAUAUAAUCAACAUCUGACAUCAUGAGUUGUAUUCCUUUCUAUACAUUUAUCUAUAAUAUUUCUUAAUUUCUAUCUUUUUUAAUGACAUAUUGUGCAGUAAAAACAAACGUUGUGUAUUCUGUUUAAAUGCUUGCUUAAAUAAUGCAAUAAUCUUUUUGAUAUUUUUGCCAAAUCACUACACAGUUUGUUCCAAAUACAAUGAUACACAUAAGUGUGUAUAUUAGAUUUAAAAGUCCAAAUAUCUAAUAUAUGACAUUUGAAGCAACCUUGUACCUUGAGGAACAAAUCAUUUUUACCUGAUAGAUUGUACCGUUCUCACUGCUAUUUAAAUCUCUGUGGUCCAUUUCUUUCAUAACUGUUAUUGACAAUCUUUGCCAGAUCAUGAACCAUGAAUGACUGUAGUGUCAUUUUGUCAACUCAAAUGUUAUCUAGUAAAUACAUGCAUUUAUUUAUA